AUGGCCAAGAAAGGCGGUGACUUGAUCAAGCUGAAAGCACUCUGCAACAGUAGCGACGACGACGAUGAAAAAAGCGUCAAUAGCGACGACUCGGAAGCUGAGGACCAAGGAGGAGAUCUGCCCGAUGAACUACUUUCCCUGGGAAAGCUGAGCCUCGGACCUAAGAAGAAGCUGCUGGUAAUCUCACUUGGUGGGCUCCUCUGCCACAAGGUCUUUAAAUACAGGGAAAACAAAAUCAGGAUUCCUCGCAACCGCCAGCCUGAUGCAGAUGUUGGAACUUUCCGUAUUUACAAGAGGCCUUACUGUGAUGACUUCGUCAAAUUCUGCUUUGAACGAUUUGAAGUCGGAAUCUGGUCGUCCUCGAAAGAGUCGAAUUUGGAUGAUGCUCUGGAUUGUGUGAUGGGAGGUCUCAAGAAACAGCUUCUGUUCACUUGGGAUCAGGAAGAAUGUACCAGAACAGGAUUCAAGUGCUUGGAUAACAAGUUUAAGCCCAUCUUCCUCAAGGAUCUGAACCAACUUGUGGAGUCCCUCAGCGCCAAAGGCACCAAGUAUUUGGCUACAGAAUCUCUGCUGAUAGAUAGUGACCCUUACAAGUCCCUUGUCAAUCCGCCUAAUACAUCCAUUUUCCCCGAGGAGUACACUGUCUCGAACGUCUCUGACAACGAGCUAGGACCUGAAGGGAAGCUGAGGAAGUACCUGGAUGAACUCUCUGAAGCUGAAGAUGUGCCUACUUUCGUGAAAACCAAUCCAUUUGGCAAGCCUGCAAUAACUUCUUCACACCCAGAUUGGAGCUUUUACAGCAAGAUUAUCGACGUUUAUGGAAAGAAAUGA